AUGAACAUAUGGAAAAAGCAAAUUAAUUUAAAAAACAAAAAUUAUAAAUUUUUUGAUGAUAACAAUGAUGAUGCAGUUGAUUAUGAUGAUGAAGAGGAAGAUGCGAACAAUAAUUUACAUGAAAAUUUAGAUGAUAAAAUUAGUGAUUCUUUUAAUAAUGAUUAUCUAUUAAGCAAAGAAAAUAAUGACAAAGUUCUAAUAAAUAAUAAUGAUAUAUCUGAAGAAAUUGUAGAAAAAACAAAAAGUGAUUCAAAUGAAAAAAAAGACAAGGAAGAUGAUGAUAAAAAAGGUGACAUAUCUGAAAAUUAUGAUUUAUGUUUAGAUGAAAAUGAAAUUAAUGAAAAAAUAGAAAAUAUUUUAAACAAUUUAUCCUCUGAUGAAGAAGAAGGAGAAGUAGUUGAAGAUGAAAUUCCUUAUGAACGGGUAAAGGAAAAUAAUGAAGAAAACAAAGAAAUAAUUUUAUUAAAUAUAUAUUCAGAAAUAUCUGAUAAAAAUUUAGAUAUGCUAUUAAAUAUUUUUGGUAAAGUGAAAAAUAUAUAUAUGGAUGAUAACGAGGGUAUACACGUUUUAUUUUUUAAUAUUAGUAGUGCAAGAAAAGCAAAAAGUUACUUAGAUAAUUUAAAAAUAAAAAAUAGAAGAAUGCAAGUUAUAUUUGGAAAUUAUGAAGAAAAUGAAAAAGAUGAUAUAAAUGCUUUAGAUGGAGAAGAAAAUGAAAAUAAUAUAAGAAGUGAAUCAAAUAAAAGCAUAAUUUCUAGAAAUUUUCUUGAAAAAUCAGUCAAUAAUAUAAAUUUAAAAAAAAAUGUAAAAUUAUAUAAAAAUAAAAAAUAUUAUAUGAAAAAUUCUCAGUUAUUUCAUAAUAAUAAUAUUUUUAAAAAUACAUCAAAAAAUGCUUUACAUAUGAAUAAUUUUUACGUUUCAUCCAAUUCACAAAAACUGCCAAAUGAUUUUAUAUUAUCUUCAGAUAUUCCUUUAAAUUCUGAAAAAAUAAUAAAUAAUCAUGAACUUAGUGUAGAAAAACAAAAAUUUAAUUCAGUUAAUUUUCUCCAUCCACCACCUCCUCCUCCACCUAUUAAUCCUUAUAAUUCUUUUAAUGAAAAUAUAAGAAAGAAUAAUGAACCAUUUUAUGUUUUAAAUAAUUUUCCAAUAAAUAAUGAAAAGAAUAUUCAUAAAAUUUCUUUGCCAUCAAAAAGAAAUAUAAGUGAUCAAUUCUCAAAUAACUUCAUUCCACAUAAAUAUAAUAAUUAUGAAAUAUCCCCUAAUACAAGUUAUAUUUCGUAUUUAAAUAAUUCUUUUUCAAAAAAUUUAUAUUCAAAAAAUAUUCCCCCUCCUCCUCACACUAAUAAUAUAACAAAUUCUAAUAAAAAUAAUUCCUCCCUAACACCAAAAAUUGAUAGUUAUCCAAAUGUUUAUCAACAAAAAGAAAUCGAUGAGUUAUCCUCAAGGAAAAUGAAUGAUAUUGUGUCUAUAAAUGAUGCUAAUCCAUUUAAUAUUCAUAAAGAUAAUUUAAUGAGUAGCAAUCCUACAUGGAUAAGUAGAAAAGAAAAUAAAGUAUUAAAAUGGUGUACUAAUGCAUCCAUUGAAGAAAAUCAUUUGGAUUUUUUAAAUUCUUUUUUUCAGUAUAAGUUAUUUAAUAGAUAUUUAUUGGUAACUAAUAUUCCUACUAAUUUGCAAGAUUUAAAAAAAUUUAAAGAGUAUGUUAAUAAUAUUUUUUCAAAUGAAAAAAAAAAUUCGUUAUCUGUAGAGGUUUUUUUUUUCUAUUCAAUUAAAAAUGAAGAAGAAAAAUUAUUCAAAAAUCAAAAUAAUAAGAAAGGGAGUAGUGAAGAUUUUAAUAAUAAUGAAGGUGAUAAUGUUAAUAAUAGCAGUAAUAAUGAUCAAAAUAAUGAUAUAAUUGUAAAUAGUGAAGAGUUUAUUUAUGAAAGUUACCCAAACAAUGAAGAAGAAAAAAAUAAGGAUGAACAAUUAAAUGAGGUACAGGAAAAUGUGGAUAAUGAAAAAGACAAUAGUAUUCAUAAAGGGAAAGUUAAUAAAAAUGAUUUAAAAAAGAUAUGUUUUGAAAAAGAAAUAAAAAAUAACCAAGAAAGCAUAAAAAUAGAAGAGAAAGUAGAGGAAAAAGAGAAAGAAGAAAUAAAAGAUAAUGAUGAAUGUAAAAACGAUAUUAAUAAAAAUGAAGAAGAAGAAAAUGAAGAAGAAAAGGAAAAAAAAGAAGAAAAAAAAAAUAAUAGUAAAGAAAAUGAAAAUUUAGAAAAUAACUCUAAAGACAAUGAAAAAUGUGAUUAUAUGGACGUGAACAAUGAAACAACAGAAAAAAAUAUAAAAAAUGAAUCAGAAAAAAAAAAAAAGAAAGUAUAUGCUCAUUUAACAUUUAGAACUAUUAAAAAGUGUGUAGAAGCAAAAAAAGCUUUGGAAGAAAAAAAUUUUUUAGUAACUUUUUCAGCUCCUCUUAAACCUAAUAAUUGCUUAUGGAUAGGUAAUAUUCUAAAAAAUUAUUUUUUUAACACAGCAAGUGUGCUAAAAACAAUGUUUACACAUUUUGGAGAAAUUACAAAUAUUAAAUAUGUAAGUGAUAAAAAUUGUUUUUUUUUACAAUAUAAAAGUAUUCAUAAUGCUAUUAAAGCUAGAAAUCAUUUAUAUGGAAUUCAAAUUUCAAACAAUACUCUUCUUAAUAUAGAUUUUUCUACAUUAGGAGAAUGGGAAAAUAAGCAAAAAGUUAGCUUGUCACGAAAAAAGUUGUUAGAUAUUUUGUCAAAUGAUAAUAAUAAAGCACAAGAAAGAUUAGAAAGGAAAUUUAAUAAAAGAAAUACAGGAUUUCUUGAUUCCAAAGUUAUGUUAUUAUUAAAAAAAAAUGGUCAUAAAAAAAAUUUUAAUAAUAAAUAUGAUGCAGAUAGUCCCAAAAAAGCCAAUAGAGAUAAUUCUGCAACUAAUUUUAAUGAAAAAAAAAAUAGAAUUAAAAAAAAUAAAUCAUAUCAAAAUAAUUCAGAAUACAUUAAAAAUAAUAAACACAUCUAUGAUAAAAGGGAUUCAAGAAAGACAACCAAAAGAAAAGGUGAACAAGUAGAUUAUAGAGAUCAUAAAAAAAAAAAAGAUAGCGUAAAUAUCGAAAAUAAUUUUUCUAAUGAGGACAAUAAUAGUAAUAAUAAUAUUGAUAAUGAUAAUAAUGCUAAAGAAAAAACAAUUGCUUUUUAUGUUAACCAAAAAUAUAAAUGUGAUUUUAGUGCAAAAUUUUAUAAAGGAAAUCCUAGCAUUAAGAUAUACCCCAAAUUAAAUGUAGAAACUAAAAGUGAUAUUAAAAAUUUAAAACAGAUUAAAAAUUCCUGUUCUAAUUAUUCAAUUUGGCAAUUAGGAGCAAAUUCUAAUCAGAAAAAGAAAUUUGUUCGUAUAUGUGAGCAUUUUAGUAAGAAAAAAAAUAUACCUGUUAUUAUUGACAAGCAGUAUACUACGUUUAUUGUUCCAAUUAAAGAAGAUUAUUUAAAGGAUUUAGAAAUUGAGAAUACUGACUAUAUGUAUGCUUUUGUUCUUGAGACUAAAAAAUCAUAA